AUGAAAGUGCAAGACUUACUUUCCGAGGAUACAGCCCCACUGUCACCCACAACAUCGACCACCAGCUGCAGCAGUGCUAGUUCCACUCCUGUAAAGCGUGGUUGGGUUGCUCCAUUUCUGCUGCAUCUUCACCAGAUGCUGCGGCACGAAGACUCCAGAGUCAUUCGUUGGGCGGAGGAUGGUAUGGCAUUUCAGAUCCUGGAUAAGCAUGUUAUGACCACCCAAAUCCUGCCCAAGUAUUUCAAGAACAAGAAUUUUGCGAGUUUUCAGCGCCAACUUAACUAUUUUGGCUUUCGGAAAUGGAGCAAGGCACGUGCACUCUUCCCUACUUAUGGCCGAGAGCACUUUACGCGCGACAAUUUUAGCGAAAUGUCGUUAGUAAGACGCCAGUGCAAGAAGUCACGUAAACGCAAAUAUGAUGAGAAGCUACCACCAGCAAAACGCACGGCCGUUCUUUUAUCCAGUUGUGGCAUCGAGAGGUGUACGCGCAUCCUUCCCCGGCCUGAUGCAGCCGUCGGGAAUUUUGUCAUGCCCCCCAUCCCUCAAUCGCACAAGGCUCAACUCGUCACGCCGCCAGUGCACCCAGCACCAAACUUCAGCCUCCCAAGAUUGUCUUUAGCUCUUCCAAUGAAUACCGACAACAAGUUGCCGUCGAUACGUGAGCUCUCUCAAUCCGGCGCCUUGCCACACAUGGUGAUAGGGCCACUUCGACCUCGCUUGAUCGUCUAG